ACUGGUCACACUGACUGUAUGAAUUUGACAAUUGUUAACAAUUUUCCAUCCAAACAGGAUUUGCGUUUGCUAAGGAAAAUAAGAUGCUGACACAGACAAUUCUGAAUGGAGUGCGUGUGCUCCGCACUGAGGCACGCCGCAACAUUGCUAUUGUGGCACCAGCCCUGAACAAGGCAUCCGAUCCCAUCCAGCAAUUGUUUUUGGACAAGGUUCGCGACUACAAGCAGAAGAGUUCUGGUGGCAAAUUGGUUGACUCCAAUCCAGAAAUCGAGCGUGAGCUGAAGAACGAACUGGAGCGCGUGGCCAAGCAAUUUGGCAGCGAUGGCAAGACCGAUAUGCUGAAAUUCCCCGAAUUCAAGUUCCCCGAAGUCAAGGUUGAUCCAAUUAGCCAGGGCACCGCAUAAGUAUGUUUAAGUUCUCCGUAUCACAGCUUGCUACAGAAUCGAUCCCGCACGAUUUCAACAACAAAUAAAACUCGUUAAAAACAAGCAAA